AUGGGGAUAGACUGGUUAGCUUCCUAUUAUGGUAAUGUCGACUACCAGAAAAAGAUAGUCCGAUUUCAAUUUCCAGGGGAACUAGUGGUAGAAUGGAUUGGUAGUACAGCACCGCCGAGGGAUAAGUUUAUUUCAUACCUCAAGGCUAAAAAAAUGAUUCAAAAAGGCUAUACUUAUCAUCUGGUUUGGGUACAUAAUACUAAAGCCGAGACACCUAUUCUCCCGUCAGUUCCAGUAGUCAAUGAAUUCCCAGAUGUAUUCCCGGAUGAGCUUCCAGGUCUUCCCCCUAAACAGGAGGUAGAGUUCAUGAUAGAUUUCCUAUCGGAUACUCAAACUAUAUCCAUCCCUCUGUAUAUUAUCGGAGUAGAUGGCAUUCGGGUCGAUACACAGAAGAUUGAAGCUAUACAACAUUGGCCUAGGCCUACUACACUAACAGAGGAAAAAUUAACCACAGCUCUAAGUUUAGCCCUUCCACAGAAGUCAGAUGGGUAUGUUAUUUACUGUGAUUCUUCUGGUAUUGGGAUAGGUUCCAAUGUGGUAGCUGAUGCACUUAGCCGUAAGUCUAUGGGCAUUUUGACUGAUGUACCACUGGAUAAGAAAGAAUUGGUCCGUGAAGUUCAUCAGUUAGCCAGUCUUGGAGUUCGUUUGGCCGAUUCUGGAGAUGCUGGGAUUUCUAUCCGAGAAGUUGUUGAAUCAUCACUAAUGGAAGAAGUAAAACGGCGUCAGUUCAAGGAUCCCCGCAAGAUAUGUGUACCCGGCGUUGUAGGGCUGCGGCAGCAAAUUAUGGGCGAGGCACAUAAUGCUCGGUAUUCUGUUCAUCCUAGAUCCAUAAAAAUGUAUCAUGACCUAAAAUAUUUGUAUUGGUGGGAUGGGAUGAAAAGAGACAUUUCGGAGUUUGUUGGUCAGUGCCCAAACUGUCAGCAAGUUAAGAUCAAGCAUCAAAAGCCUGCUGGAUUACUACAAAAAAUGGAAAUUCGUGCUUGGAAAUGGGAAAGAAUUAACAUGGACUUCAUUAUCGGAUUACCGCGUACGAAGGGUGUUAUGAGGUUUGAGAAAAAGGGUAAGCUUAGUCCGCGGUAUAUCGGACCGUAUCAGAUUACCCAGAGGAUAGGCGAAGUUGCCUAUGAGCUAGACUUACCAGCAGAUCUGGAGGUAGUGCACCCAAUAUUUCAUGUGUUUAUGCUUCGUAAAUGUGUUGGUGAUCCCUCCAGAAUAUUCCCUAUAAAAGAUGUACAAAUAACGAUAGAGAUAUCUUAUGAAGAACAACCCAUAGCCAUUUUAGAUCGUCAUGUGAGAAGAUUGUGUACCAAAGAUGUACCUUCUGUCAAGGUUUUGUGGGGGAACAAUAACUGA